CACCCUCCGCUAGUCCGCUCCCAAAUUGAAUUCGUUCCGCUCCCCUCGUCGGCCCGUGCGCCGUGCCUUCUUCCCCCUCCCUCCCUGCGAUUCCUCUCCACUCGCCUCGGCCCCGCGCGCGGCGCUCCCACCGAACCCACCAUGGCUGGCGGUCCGCACGCGCCAGGCCAAGCUGGAGCCCCGCCGAACCACCGCAAGCGCAAGGCCCCGGUCCCCGCCGCAGCCGCGGGGGACGAGGCGGAGACUGAGGUGCACGCGUUGGGGAGGGAGGUCGAGGAGCUUGAGGAGUCGCUGGCCGAUCUGGACCGCCGCGUCCUCGAGCACCUCCGCGGCACCGCCACUCGCCUCGCCGACGCCGCCGUCGACCGCCUCGCCGCGCUCCGCCCGCCCGCCCGCCAGGAAUUUCUAGCAGUCUCAGAAACACCAAGUUCGGAAGAAGAUCAAGAGCAACUUCAAAAAUUAAACAUCCUCAAAUCCAAGAUAGAGGCUAAUAUUGCAGAUUUGCCUAAGGUACUUGAGAAAAUGCACGAAUCUGUCGCUCGCUGCGAGAAGUUGGAGAAUUUGCAUGUGAAUAUCGAUCCUAUUUUUCGAACAAGACGCUUGUAUCAUGGUUGAGACCUGUUGAUUUGGCAUUAUGUAGUCAGGGACUGAUCACUGGUAGGACAGCCAUAAGUAGAUGUUGGAUGUAAUGUGUUCUGUAGGUUUAUUUGGUCAAAAAGCAUUGGAUCUAAGUUCUCUAGUUUUGGCGCUGACCAUUUUGUUGCAUGAAAUAUCAUAGCAGCACUAUUCAGAGGAAGCUUCUUGUAAGUUGAAACUGAAACAGAAAGAUUCAGCAGAACUGCAGAAAUAUUGUAAGAUGUAAGACCUUGCGGAAUUUUUCUACAUUAAGAUUGAAUUGCUGCUAAAGUGAAAGGAGAAGCACAAUUAGGCUGGUCGCGGAUUUGUGUUUGUUCAGGACGUACUAUAUGUAAAGUAUUUUUUAAGGCAAAUUGUAUGUCCUCUUCAAAAGGCCUAGUUGUUUUUGUUGACUUCAGAUUGUGGCUUUGGAGAGGACUAUUAUCCAUUUCCAACAAAGCUGACAUCCUAUCUCUUGA